UCGGCGGUCGUCGGGGGCGCUGGGCGGGAGUGAGAGGGUGGUGAUCCGCAAGCAGGCUAGCUAGCGGGCGUGACGGUGUGGGAUGCCGAGAUCUGAUCUGGGCGGUGACAUGAUGACGUCCUCCUGCACGGCUGAGGAAUGGCACGACAUGCAACUGGCGGCGACGGCGCUCGUGCAGAUGUCCAUGUCCAAGCACCACAAGCUGCACGCCAUGAACCAGGAGUCUGCGUUCAAGAUUGCACGCAUCCUCUCGGACUUGGCUCACGUGCGUCAGGAGGAGCCGGUGGAGCCUAUCACCGAGGAGGAAGACCCGCCGAAACCGGUCAAACGCGCCCGCAAACCGAAGCAGACUCGCACGAAGAUCGUCAAGCAGGAGAAGGCGUACAAGUGCAGUCACGGGGGAUGCGACAAAAUAUAUGGCAAGAGCUCUCAUCUAAAGGCACACCAGAGAACACACACAGGCGAGAAGCCGUUCGCCUGCCACUGGAAGGGCUGCGUCAAGCGAUUCGCCCGCUCCGACGAACUGGUGCGGCACACGCGCACACACACGGGCGAGAAGAAUUUCCUCUGCUCCGUGUGCGACAAACGCUUCAUGCGUAGCGACCAUCUCACGAAACACAUGCGGCGUCACCAGGAGCCGCACCUGCCGUCCGGCCGCUUGUCGAGCGCUGGCUCGCCGCAGACGGAUGCUGCGCUUGACCUGCGGGUCAUCAAGCCGCCGCACUCGAUCACCUCGAGCGUCGCCACGCCCUCUGACGACCGGGGCUCAGAGACCGAGUCGGCGCCCUCCGUGCACGGCGUGUGAUGAUGGCGUCCAUCUAGCGGACGCCGCUGUAAACUAUCAUUUUGCGCUUGCGCGUGAGAUGUCGCGCCGCGCACUCUAGGAUGCGUGCGGGGAGCGGAACGCGCUCGAUUGCAUUUGUUCCCGCAGCUGUGUUCCGCCUGUGUUUUACUGGUGUGUAUCUUGAUCUGCCCGUGGGCAUUUCCAGGUGCUCUGGCACUGUUUGGUGCCGACUCAUGUAACAGAACGGGCCAUUGGAGGGCGUGUCAGCGCCGCUGUGUAUUGGUGUAUAGGCUAGUCGUGUGCUAGAGCGGCGCCGCCGAGUGUGCAGAGCGCCGCUCUGACACCAUCAUCCCAUGUUCCAUUGGUUUUAGAGGCGCGCUGCGCUGACCACGCCAUUCUGGGUAAAAUGGUGCUACCGGAUAACAACGCAGACGCCCUGAGCUACUGUUGUAGUAUUUUUAGUACAAAGACAUCCUCACACUUGUCAUCUCAUUUAAAUGACGCCAGCAGAGGCCUGCACGCGUACGGCGCAUUGGUGACGAGCAUUACCAUAUACAUACCCUAUAUUUAUGCUUCGAUGAGAUGUGUAAUGUUGAUUGGUAACCAAAUACAUGAGAACCUGUAA